AUGCUACAAAACUAUUAUUAUCUAUAGCUAAGAUUAGAAAAAUUAAUAGAAAUCUCACAAGAAGCUUAGAUUUUCAUAAGAAGGGUUAUAUUGAUUGCCAAAUUAAGGACGCAAAUUCUAGUGACAACAAUAAUUUCACAGCUAGGGUUAAACUAAAAAACUAUAAGAAAUUUGGAAUAAAGAAUUGAGAAAAAACAAAAUAUUUAAAUAAAGUAAGGAUUGAAAUAUUAUUAUGGAUAAUUAUUAAAAUAGAGUAUGUGCUUAAUUCUAUUUCCAAAUAGAUUCAAAUACAUUAAUGAGGGACUUAGUCCAAUAUUAAUCAAGAUUAAUUGUAGGAUCACAAUUCAAAUUGCAAGAAGUAAAAUUAUUAAUCUUCUUGAAAAUUAUCUAAAUUUUUUGAAAUGCUGUAAUAAGAAUAAAAAAUUCUUUUGA